AUGGCUCAGCCUUCUGCCCCUCAGAAUCCCACUGGUGAGCCCACUGCUCCCGUGGUGGAUACUCCCCCCCAGGCCGAUGACCAGACAAGAAACCAGAAUGCCGACGUCGUCACCAAGGAUGCAGCUGCGCCUCCGAAGGUGAAGUCCGAGAAAGAGCUGGAGCGCGAGCGUCGCAAGGCCGAGAAAGCAAAGAAGUUCGCAGAGAAGCAGGCGAAGGCAGCGUCUAAGCCCGCAGCGGCCCCCAAGGCCGACAAGAAGGCCAACAAGGUCGAGAAGGACAAGACUACCGACGCCUACGAUCCCAAGGUCAUCGAAGCCGGUCGUUAUGAGUGGUGGGAGGAGCGCGGUCUUUACCAGCCCGAAUUCGGCCCCGACGGCAAGGUCAAGCCUGAGGGCUACUUCGUUAUUCCUAUCCCUCCUCCUAAUGUUACCGGAUCUCUUCACAUGGGCCAUGCCCUCACCAAUGCCCUCCAAGAUACCAUGAUCCGUUGGCAGCGGAUGAAGGGCAAGACCACUCUGUGGUUGCCCGGUAUGGAUCAUGCUGGUAUCUCCACCCAGAGCGUCGUUGAGAAGAUGCUAUGGAAGAAGGAAAAGAAGACCCGCCACGACCUGGGUCGCCAGGAUUUUACGGAUCGGGUAUGGGCUUGGAAGCACGAGUACCAUGCCAACAUUAAGAAUGCUUUGCGGAGAGUCGGCGGAUCCUUUGAUUGGACUCGCGAGGCCUUCACCAUGGACCCGAACUUGUCCGCUGCUGUGACCGAGACUUUCGUUCGUCUCCACGAAGAGGGUAUCAUCUACCGUGCUAACCGCCUGGUCAACUGGUGUGUGGCUUUGAACACUUCUCUCUCGAACUUGGAGGUCGAGAACAAGGAGGUUGAAGGACGUACCCUGCUCGAUGUGCCUGGCUACGAAAAGAAGGUUGAGUUCGGUGUUUUGACUCACUUCUGUUAUGAGAUUGAUGGCACUAAGGAGAGGAUUGAGAUUGCUACUACUCGUCCUGAGACCAUGAUUGGUGAUACUGGUAUCGCUGUUCACCCAGAAGACAAGCGCUACCAACACCUGAUCGGCAAGUUCGCCAGACACCCCUUUGUCGACCGUUUGCUUCCGAUAGUUGCAGACACCGACGUCGAUCCCGAGUUCGGUACUGGUGCAGUGAAGAUUACACCUGCUCAUGAUUUCAACGACUUUAACCGUGGAAAGGCUCAUAACCUCGAGUUUAUUUCUGUCCUUAACGACGAUGGUACCUUCAAUAAGAAUGGCGGUAUCUUUGCCGGCAUGAAGCGUUUCGAUGCUCGUUACAAGGUCAUUGAACUUCUAAAGGAGAAAGACUUAUAUGUUAAGUGGGAGCACAAUCCUAUGAAGAUCCCUCGCUGUGCCAAGUCCAACGAUGUUAUUGAGCCUAUCCUCAAGCCUCAGUGGUGGAUGAAGAUGGAGAGCCUUGCCGAGCCUGCUAUCAAGGCUGUAGAAAAUGGUGAUAUUGUCAUCAAGCCAGAAUCUGCAGAGAAGAGCUACUUCCGCUGGAUGAGGAACAUCAACGAUUGGUGUCUUUCCAGACAGUUGUGGUGGGGUCACCAGGCUCCUGCCUAUUUCGUUAAGAUUGAGGGCGAGGAGAAUGACGAUAGUGAUGGCAACCUCUGGGUCACUGGCCGUACCCAAGAGGAGGCUCAGAAAAAGGCCGAUGCCAAGUUCCCUGGCAAGAAGUUCGAACUGGUGAGGGAUCCCGAUGUGCUUGACACCUGGUUCUCCUCUGGACUGUGGCCUUUCUCUACCUUGGGCUGGCCUAAUAAGACCCAUGACUUUGAGAACCUGUACCCUACAUCUGUUUUGGAGACUGGUUGGGACAUUCUCUUCUUCUGGGUCGCCAGAAUGAUCAUGCUGGGAAUUAAGUUGACCGGCAAGGUCCCCUUCAAGGAGGUGUACUGUCACUCUCUGAUUCGUGACUCGGAGGGCCGCAAGAUGUCCAAAUCUCUGGGUAACGUCAUUGACCCUAUCGACGUCAUGGAGGGCAUUGAGCUCCAGACCCUUCAUGACAAGCUUCUCGUUGGUAACCUUGCCGAGAAGGAAGUUGCCGCUGCUACCAAGUAUCAGAAGAAGGCUUUCCCCAAGGGUAUCCCUGAGUGUGGAGCUGACGCUUUGCGCUUUGCGCUCGUGUCUUACACUACUGGCGGUGGUGAUAUAGCAUUCGACAUUCAGGUCAUCCACGGAUACCGUCGUUUCUGUAACAAGAUUUACCAGGCCACCAAAUACGUCCUUGGCAAGUUGGGAGAUGACUUCAAGCCCCAACGUACCGUUUCGAAGACUGGCCGGGAGUCCCUCUCUGAGCGCUGGAUUUUGCACAAGUUUAACACUGCUGCCAAGGAGAUUAACGAGGCUUUGGAGCAACGUGAGUUCAAUGUUGUUGCCACAACGGUCUACCAAUACUGGUACAGCCAACUCUGUGACGUGUUCAUUGAGAACUCGAAGUUCCUCCUUGCUCCUGAAGUGCCAGCAGAGGUUCAGGAGUCGGCUAAGCAGACCCUUUACACUGCUCUCGAGGGCGCUUUGACCUUGAUUCAUCCUAUCAUGCCUUUUGUCACUGAGCACCUGUGGCAACGUCUGCCUCGCCGCCCUGAUGAUAACACUAUUUCCAUCAUGAAGGCUCGUUACCCUGAGUACAAGGCUGAGUUCAACGACCCAGAGGCUGAGACUGCCUACGAACUUAUCUUGAACACUUCUCGUGCCAUUCGUUCGAUCCUUUCCCAAUAUGAAAUUAAGACCAAGGGAGACAUCAUCAUUCAAACCUACGAUGCCACUAGUCACAAGACCCUCUCGGAUGAAAUCACCAGCGUUAAGUCUCUGGGUGGUAAGUUCUUGGGCGAACUUAGUGUGCAGGGCCCCGAGAUCACCACUCGUCCAUCUGGCUGCGUGGUGUCUGCGGUUGGCUCUGAGGCAGCAGUGUUCCUCCGCGUUUCUAAGGAAGUUGCUCUUGAACAGGAAGAGAAGGCCAAGGCUAGCCUCGAGAGAGCCCGUGCCGUUGUGAAUCGUCAGACUACACUUAUGAGCGGUGCUGCAUGGAAGGAGAAGGCUAAGCCUGAGGUGCGCGAGAUGGAAGAGAAGAAGCUUCGGGAUGCUGAGAGCGAGGCUACUCGUUUAGAAGAACAGAUCCGCGAAUUCGAGAAGCUGCGAAAACCCAAAAACCCGCGCACGGCACGAAUUCUCAAAGCCAAAGAACCCCAACUCAUCGAAGGAGCAAAGCGCACACUGUUACUGCACGGCUCAAAAUGCCCAGCACCUCUCCAUACAGUCCUCAAAACUUUCCACUCCCUUACACGGCCCAACUCGAUCCUAUUUCACAAGAAAAAUGAGAGCAUUCACCCGUUCGAAAGUGCAGAGAGCCUUGAGUUCCUGGCCGACAAGAACGAGUGCGGUAUGGUGGUGUUCGGAAGCAGCAAUAAGAAGAGACCCAACUGUGUGACUAUGGCCCGGGUUUUCAACACCAAGCUGCUCGAUAUGUGUGAAUUGCUGUUGCUUCCUAGCCCGGAUGGAGACCAGAUUCCUUCCAUGAAUAAUCUCACUAUGAAUGUCGGUAUGGGGUUACGGCCGUUGCUGCUGUUUUCGGGUAGCCCCUGGGAUGAUCCUACGUCGACUGCGCAUGUUAUGUUGAAGAGCAUGUUCAUGGAUAUGUUCAAGGGCGAUACCUCGGAUAAGAUUGAUGUUGAGGGUUUGCAAUAUGCGCUCAUGGUUGCUGCUGAGGAACCUACUGAUGGCUUGUCACCUGUUAUUCAUCUGCGGUGGUACAAGCUGCGGACAAAGCGCAGUGGACACAAGCUUCCGCGUGUGGAGUUGGAAGAGAUUGGCCCUAAGUUCGAUUUCAAGGUUGGCCGUCUCCAGGAAGCUCCUCGGGAUGUUAUGAAGGAGGCUAUGAAGCAAGGCAAGCGGCCGAACGAGGAGAUCAAGUUGAAGAAGAACAUUGGCAUGGAUGCUAUCGGUGAUAAGAUCGGUCGUGUGCACUUGAACAAGCAAGAUCUGGGUGGAUUGCAGACGAGAAAGAUGAAGGGUUUGAAGCGGCGUGCAGGCAUGGAAUCGGAUGAAGAGGAUGAGGACAUGAUGGAUGUGGACGAGGUUUCCGAGGAUGAGGGACGGAAGAGGGCUAAGACGGCUUGA